AUGGGUCUGAACCUUCUUGCCUGGGUCUGGGAUGUGGCCCUGGGCUCACCCCUGUCUCCAGAGAUACUGGGCCCCAUCCACUCCGAGGAGGAAUUCCUGGCCCCACUGGCCCAGACGGGCCCCACCCUGGGCAUGCUGGUUCCCUUCAGCUUCAACGACAUUGACUGGGACUGGCGACUGUGGCAUUCUGUCGGCUGGGUGUGGUGUGAACUGGAGGUGGCCCUGCUGGAGUGGUGGACCCAGGACCUGCACACAAGAGGGGUGCUGAGGAUUGGCAGUGCCCACUCCUAUGCCAUCCUGUGGGUGGACGGGGUCGAUGUGCUAGAGCAUGAGGAGGGCUAUCUCCCCUUCAAGGUCAACAUCAGCAGCCUGGUCCAGGUGGGGACCCUGCCCUCUCACCUCCAUGUUAUUAUCACCAUCAACAACACACUCACCCCCUUCCCCCUGCCACCAGGGACCAUGCACUACAUGACUGACACCUCCAAGUGGAUACCAUCCUGUCUCUACUGCCUGUACCCACCUUCCCACUCCACCCCGUGGUCUUCCUGCUAG